AUUUCUUGCUUUCAUGAAUGAACAUAGUAGGCGAGUAGCUAUAGAAUUUUACGAUUGUUUUCUGGGCGGCCAUCUUCUUCUUUGCCAGCGUUGUUUGUUUGUGUGUUAUUGUUGACGGAUAAAUUUAUUAUUUUGUGUUUUACAUUGACUUAUUGUUUUAAUUUUAUUGUAUUAGACAAAUAUGGUUAAACAGUGUUUAGUGUGCAAAGAACUGGAUUAUUUAAAUCCCGAUGUUACAUUUCACAGGUUUGCUGUUGAUUCUGAGAGGAGAAAGAGUUGGUGCUCUUUGUUAGGAUUUGAGGAAGGGAAGGUUAUCCCUAAAUUUGCUGAGAUUUGUUCAACGAUUUUGAAUAUAAACCAAGUGGAAGGAAAUAUUUGAAGAAUGAUGCCAAACCUAUAUCAAAGUAAAAUAGAAUUAUAUUUAGGCAUAUAAGAAAUUGUAUAAAUGUAAAGAAAGUUAACAAAAUAC